AGGAAUUUAAUUAACCGACGCCCACGCAGGGCAGGGAUAUUCUGCGUGGGAGAGAAGAAUCUCUCCUUCUUUAUUCAUUCCUCUGUAGUCUGUAGAAGAAGGCUGUUGAAAAUGGAAUAGCAGGAGAUUCCAAAAAACCUAACACUGCAAAUAGUAGUACUCAAUAGCAUGCGGAGAAAAGCGGAGCCUUGCCUUAAUCUUCUCCUCCUUUACCUCCGCCGUUGCUCCUCCCACCCACACCAUCACCAACACCAGCGCUCUUCCUUUCACUCUCGCACCCUCUCCCUUUUUUUGCCGUCUCACCCCUCCCGCCACGAAAACCAGAGCAAUCCCUCCCCAUUUACUUCCUCCAAAAAAUUCCUUUUACUCGGAUGGGUUUCCUUCGACGGCCUUCGCCGUCCCGGUUACCACUAUCAGUACGCCUCCCAUCGCAAUUUUUUUACGAGGGCCAAACAUGUGAAGAAUAUUGAAAUCAGUGAUCAACACAGUCAACGAGCGGUCACGACUGCAUUGUGGUGCAACUUCCUUGUUUUUUCUCUCAAGUUUGGGGUUUGGUUAGCAACCUCUAGCCAUGUUAUGUUGGCUGAAGUUGUGCACUCAGUUGCAGAUUUUGCCAAUCAGGUGCUCCUUGCUUAUGGUUUGAGUAGUUCAAGACGUGCACCAGAUGCUCUACAUCCUUAUGGCUACUCCAAGGAAAGAUUUGUUUGGUCUUUGAUAUCUGCUGUCGGUAUCUUUUGUCUUGGUUCCGGAGCUACAAUUGUUCAUGGCUUUCAAAACUUGUGGACUGCACAGCCCCCUGAAAAUAUUCUGUAUGCAGCUCUAGUGAUUGGUGGUUCAUUUGUUAUUGAAGGUGUUUCUCUGGUUGUUGCCAUACAAGCUGUCAAGAAAGGUGCAGCUGCUGAAGGAAUGACAGUGAGAGACUACAUCUGGCGUGGUCAUGAUCCUACAUCUGUUGCAGUAAUGACAGAGGAUGGUGCUGCAGUUACUGGUCUUGUCAUUGCUGGAGCAUCGUUGGUUGCAGUGAAUAGCACAGGGAAUGCAAUUUAUGACCCUAUAGGUUCAAUAGUUGUUGGAAAUCUACUUGGAAUGGUGGCUAUCUUCCUCAUCCAGAGGAAUCGACAUGCUUUAAUCGGUAGAGCGAUGGAAGACCAUGACAUGGAGAAGGUUUUGCAUUUCCUGAGAAACGACCCGGUUGUAGAUGCUCUAUAUGAUUGCAAAAGUGAGGUUAUUGGGCCUGGAUUCUUUAGAUUUAAGGCUGAAAUAGAUUUCAAUGGAGUGAGGGUAGUGCAAAAUUAUCUAAGUAGGACUGGACGUGAAGAGUGGGCUGGACUGUUUCGUGACGCGGCAAAGGACAAGGAUGAAAAUGCACUGCUCAAGAUCAUGUCAAAUUAUGGUGAGGAAGUUGUUACAGCUUUAGGAAGUGAAGUGGAUAGGCUAGAAAAGGAGAUCCAGGAGCUCGUUCCGGGUAUUCGGCAUGUCGAUAUUGAAGCUCACAAUCCAACAGGACCAUCCCCGUGAUCCACAUUUUUAUACCUUCACUCUAUUCUUUUGUGAUUCUCAACAAUUUUAAUAUAUCAUCUAUCAAGGGACACCCUAGCAAUGAUAUAAUCCAGGAUUGCCAAUAGGACGGAUAAACGCUUCUUAUAAAGAAUGCAUGAACAGCUGUAAUAGAGGAUU